AUGAAUAGAAGUAUACUAUUUCUACUAUUAUCAAUCAUCAUCGCAGUCUUCAUCGUAAUCAUCGAGGGUGUUUCAUCGCAAGAUCAAGCAUCUUUCAAUAAUGAUCAAAAUAAUAACAAGAAUAAUAACAAGAAUAUAAAUAUAAAUAAUAGAAAUAAUAAGAAUAAUAAGGAUGAUGAUGAAUAUACUUCUUCUUAUAGAGUUGGAGGAAUGGAUAAUUUAGUACAUUUUACACCAUUUUAUAAAACAGAAUCAUGUUCUGGUGAUAUUAAUGGAGUUGGAUUUGGAUCGAUGCCAUUUGAAUGUUCAUACAAUGCAAGUGGAUUGUCAUACUCGAUCGUACCGGUGUUUGGUAGUGCACAAUACAACAUUUCGACACAUCAACCUUCACAAAUAGCCUGUGCCUAUGAACCAGUCUACUGGCAAGCCUACAAUGCCUACGGAAACUGUCAGUACAGUUCCAAUGCCGAUAGUAGCUACCAAGUAUUUUGGGCACCCUUUCCUCCACCCAUCCCCAAAUACUCUGUCGUUCAAUUGAGUCUGUACGACGCAUGCUCGAGUGUAUCAUCGUAUUGGUACGCCACCAACGGCACUGUCCUCCCCAACUAUGGCACCGAUACAACCACCACCUACUAUUGCGACGAUCAAGGCAGACCAUUCAUCCAAACAUGUUCUCCAAAUGCUUCCUGUCAACAAGAUUCUUUUGAACAAAAAUGUUCAUUUGAGAAUCCAUUGCAAACUUUUUGUACUACUUCCUCUAUAUAUUAA